AUGGAGUUUCCUGAGACGUUGCUGCUUGAGGCCGAGAGUGGUCUACUAGUCCGCGAGGUGCAGGAAGAAAUCGCAAAACGGAUGCGAUGCCCACCGAAGCAAGCAAACUCCGUCAUGCAAUUCAACAUGGGAAAGGGAAAGUCCUCCGUCGUCAUCCCGACCAUCGCUGCCUAUCUGGCUCAAGGCGACUUAGCCCUUAAACUCAGUCCCUCCGAAGCUGAUGCUAUUGGCGAGAUUUUACAAGAAUGCAGGGCUAACCGUAGUAUUCUGCUCGUCCAACCUGAACACAUCUUGUCCUUCAAGCUUAUGGGCAUCGAGUGCCUCAGCGGGCAGCCUGACGUAGGAAGGUCACUUUUGCGAACUCAGCAUUUCUUCGACAGACACUCCCGGGACAUUGUCGAUGAAAGUGAUGGAAAUUCCAUCGUCAAGUUUGAAUUGGUGUACACAAUGGGUACCCAAGCGCCAAUACAGCUCAAUCCAGACAGAUGGAUCAUAAUCCACUCACUCCUGGGAUUGGUCACCAGAUACACCGCCGAUGUCAAGACAAUGUUUCCCUCUUCGAUUGAAUUCAACAAACACCAGGCGUCACAUUAUCCUCGCACGCGUAUUCUCCGUGGUGAUGCAGAAGAAAAGCUGCUGGACCUGAUCACGGAACACAUAUGCAUGGUCGGCAUCUCAGGCCUUCUUUCCAUAGCGCGGCAGCCUUCCGAGAUGAGACAGACUAUCCUACGCUACAUCCGCCAGCGUAAUCUCACCCCUACAGACGUUGACGCAGUUGAAAAAGGGACUUUCUCCACAGAAACCACCGAAGGCCUGCUGCUCCUCUUGCGGGGUCUCAUUGCAGGCGGUGUGCUAAGCUUUGCGCUAAAGUCCAAGCGAUGGAGGGUCAAUUACGGUAUCGCCCGCAGCCGCAAACCAAAAACUCAAUUGGCUGUGCCAUACCGCUCGAAAGACAGCCCGUCGCCCCGGUCCGAGUUCAGUCAUCCGGAUGUGGUCAUCACGCUCACGUCACUUACCUAUUACUAUGGCGACCUAGAUGAUCAGGACCUCUUUGACACGUUUGCACAUUUCGAGAAGUCGGAUCAAUCCGAUGUUGAAGCUCUUCCCGAAGCCUUCCAGCACCUCACGGGCAUCAACAUGGAAGAUCGUCAUCAGUGCAUCACGGAGAUAUUCCCAUCGCUUCGUCAUUCGAAAGGUACCAUCGAUUGUUUUCUGUCCCACAUUGUUUUGCCCAAAGCGAUGAAGGAGUUUCCAUCCAAGCUCUCUGCAUCCGGCUGGGACGUUGGUGCCGUCAAAUCUCAUCCCACGACCGGCUUCAGCGGCACGAACGACUCACGUCAAGUACUCCCGCUCAGGAACCACACCAAUGCCCUAGUGUUGGCUUACCUACUGCAGGAUGAGAAUUCUGUCAAACUGCUACCGUCGCAGACAGAUGCUGAGCGUCUACUGGAGAUCGUCGACGCAAUGGAAUUGCCGACUCGGGUGAUUCUCGAUGCUGGUGCGCAAAUAUUGGAGCUCAGUAACUUUCAAGUGGUUGAAACGUGGCUUCGCAUAAGCAACUCAAACGAUAUCAAAGCAAAAGCAGUCAUCUUCUUCAACGACCAUGAAAAACUCUCGGUUCUCGAUCACAAUGGCUGCGUUGAGCGACUGCAAACAUCGCCGUUUUCGAAGCAUCUGCAAGAAUGUCUUGUAUAUCUCGACCAGGCACACACCUGGGGAACGGAUUUGAAGAUGCCGAAGCAAUACCAGGCCGCUGUAACGUUAGGCGCAAACUUGACAAAGGAUGCGCUGGUGCAAGCAUGUAUGCGGAUGCAGAAGCUGAGCAAGGGCCAGUCAAUCGUCUUCUGCAUUCCGGACGAGAUACAGACAAAGAUUCUGCAGUGCACCUCAAAGUCGUGCAGUACAGAGAUAGAAGUUUCUGUUCUUUUGGUAUGGGCAAUCGCAGAGACGUGGGCAGACAUGCGGCGGAAUAUACCUUUGUGGGCUGCUCAAGGUCACCGCUAUGAGGACUACAAGGAUUGCUUGAACGGAGCGGAAGCAACUGUAGAGCAAGCGAAAUCUUUUCUCGAAACAGAAGCGCAAAGCCUCGAAGAUCGCUAUCGACCUCGUCCUGGUAAUCUAUCCGAUGCAAUGAAGGAUCGGGACACCAUCAACAGUAGCAUUCGGGAGAUCCUCAAGCGCUAUCGAGACUUCGAGGCAGUGUCUCUAGACACAGCAACGCUUCAAGAAGAGCAAGAGAGAGAACUCUCUCCAGAAAUCGAGGAAGAGCGCGAAGUCCAGAGACCUGCACCUAUGGAAGCUGAGAAGCACAAAUUACACCCCGACCUUGUCAGGCUGGUGGACGCUGGGGUUUUUCCGGAAAGGUCAAGCGCAUUCAUACCCGCGUUUCAGACUCUGAAGUCAACGAGUGCUGCAAAACAAUUUGAUCUUGAACAAUUCCCAGAAGACCUGCUCAUGACAGCGGACUUCGAGCGCACUGCCAAGCACCCACAAGGAGUCAUGUCAGACUCUCCCUUCGAAGCUGAACAACUCAUCGCGAAAAUUCGAACCUCGAAGCUAGUGACACUGCAUCUUUACGCUCCGCGUCCUAAUCGGAGCUAUGGCCCACUCGAUACGCUCGACCUGUAUUGCGUCGGCCGUGAGUUCUCUGCAGGCAUCUUGAGCCUUUGCCGAAGCCAGAUCGUUCAGCUCAAUCUCUUCGCCAGCCAACUCUACUUCCAGUCCUACGCAGAGUAUGCCGAGCUGUGUAGAUACCUGGGUCUAGCUUGGAAAACUCCUAGAGGGGGACAGAAGCUGCAGGUCGACGGAUUUAUUGUACCGCCUGCUAGUGUCUGGUGCUUGAACGCGAGUCCUGUACGGCUCUUGAAAGAUUAUAUGAAGACGAGACGAGAAGGGGAGGACAUGGAGAAGACGCAUCUCGUUAAAGUGCUUGAGUGUGGCUUGCUGGAGAAGUGCGAAAUCGAUAGCGAUUAG